CCUAGUGGACGUCGACCAAUUAGAACACGCGAUUCGAACCCCACCGAUCGCCUCCCUCCCCCACGCGUCGAUAUCGCCUCUCCCGAAUCGGAUCGUCGCCACGGGAAAUCAAAGAAUUUCGCCUCCUCGAAAUUCGUUUUCCAUUCUCUCUCUCUCUAUCUCUCGAUCCCCGCCUCGACCUCGUGCUCACACCGCGUUUUCCAAACACCAGAUGAUCCAUAAUUAUUCGCGUGACCCAAAUCGCGAAAACUCGAUCGAGACUUUCUUCCAUUUACAGCAUGAGAUCAAGCUACGAUUUAUCGCGUAUUCCGAACACGGGUUCGUGUUCCAUCUCCCCGUUUAAACAAAGAGAGAGAGAGAGAGAGAGGGGAGAGAGAAUGAGUGAAUCGAGACGAAGGAUCGACAAACUCGUCGUCGAUUCAUGAUGCACUCGUGAUGCGCGAGCGAGCUUUCGCCCAAAUCCAAUGUAAUCCCGUGCACGCGCAACCGAUAGAAGACGCGAUGCGAUUGGUGGGACGGUCGUAAAGCCUGGCCGUUUAACUCGAGCGGACGAACGAGCGGCCGUCGAUUAGGACUGCGCGGUGGGCUCGACGCACGUGUCAAUCACUAACUCGUCACGCGAUACACCGAUGAGAGAGGACCGCGCGCAAGGUCUCUUGGCGAGAUGGCUUCCAGGUGAUAUACCCCUCGCGCUCAUCCUCCUGCCACGCGCCGUUUCUACCCGAUAUCAUCUCUCCACUCGUCUCCACGACUUCGAUUACUAUUUUUCUCCGGAUAAAUUGCCUCUUCUCAACCUCUAAUCGCCUCGAUCGGAGAUGUUUAUCGCUACGACUCGCCGAUUUAUCGAUCGGAAAUACGAGUAGCUACUUCACGCCUCUAUUCUCGAUUUACGUGUCGUUCGCACGGAUACGCCGUCGUAUAACGUUGUAUCACGAGCUUCGGAAAUGUCCUUCGUCUACCUAAUAAUUUCCUCGGAGCGGAAAAAAUUAGAAACGAAAUUGCAGCGUCGGCUAGCAUCGUAUCGAUUCAACUCUCUCUGGUAUUAUCUAUUCGACAACUUGUAUUUUUCUCCGAAUACGAUCCGCUGAAUAUUUUAGAUAUGUAACGGACGUGUGUACGUGCGCGCAAAGUCCGAAAGUUUUCCGAAUCAGUCAUCGCACGAUUAUUCCUUCGAACGAUAUGCUUCUCGUCCCGCGAAUUCUUCGCUCGUUCGCCGCGAUCGUUAUUAUUCGGGGAACGCUUGCGUUCGACUCGUUGGACCGAUUACUCGAGGACGCGAUCCCCAUUCUAUUUCCACCGGUCAGAAUGUCGUUGCAUCUUUGUCGACUCGGGCAAGAGGAUGCGAUCGAAUUAUCAAAGAAGAUGUCGAGCAAGCGUUUCAUUCACGAGAUUCGUCGGGAACUCGAUGGAUUCGCGACACGGACGCACGAUAUUUGGGAGCAUCGAGAUUUGCACGUGUUGGAUUUGAAUUGCGAUUACGCGAUUCCAUUGUUGCGAGCGGCGAACGAGACGGGCAUGUUCUCCGCGCCGAUGAAAUGGCUGCUGCUUCGAGAUCGACCGUCGGUCGAUGGAGAUUCGACGGACGAGAGGGAAACGUUGAAAAACAUGGCCGUGUAUCCGGACAGCGAAGUGAUCGUAACGAAAAAGAGAGCGAACGGUGUCGUGGAGAUAAGCUCCGUGUACAGGCCGAGUCGUUUCCACGAGGCGAUCGAGGAGGAUCGAGGAAACUGGACGAUCGAACGUGGCGUGAGAAUGCGAAAUCUAUAUCCCUCGUCGCGACGAAGAAGAGACCUUCGACGCACGCCUUUGAAAUCCUGUCUCGUGAUGACCGAUCCCGAUACGAUCAACCAUUUAACUGAUUACGAAAAUAAGCAUAUAGAUCCAGUUACGAAGGCCAAUUAUCCUUGGAUAAUGCACAUAGCGAAUCGAAUGAACGCAACAAUUAGCUUUCGCGUAACGGAUAGCUGGGGAUAUAGAAGCGAGAACGGUACGUGGAGUGGUAUGACGGGGAUGUUGCAACGUAGGGAAAUCGACAUAGGCGGGACGGGAACUUUCUUUAUUCCACAACGUAUCGGUGUGGUGGAUUAUAUACAACUUUACACGCACACCAGAGCAUGCUUCAUCUUUCGUCAACCUUUGCUGUCCACCGUCAGCAACAUAUUCACUCUACCGUUCCAACGAUCCGUUUGGAUAGCGAUCGCAGUUUUCCUCUUGCUGCUACUCGUAUUGCUCUGUUUCUCCACCAAGUGGGAGUAUCGAAGGGGUGCAUCAGCGAACACGGCUCGAUAUUGGCAACAAUUCAAUCCAACCGAACAAACGGUUAGCGAUAAUUUGAUGGUUGUAUUGGGAGCGAUCGCGCAACAAGGAUAUUCUUACGAGCCGUAUCGCGUUCCCUCGAGAAUCGUUACCUUGAUGCUUUUGAUCGCAGCGCUCAAUUUGUACGCCUCUUACACGGCAAACAUCGUCGCUUUGCUUCAAUCGACCACCGACUCUAUCAAAACGCCGGCCGAUCUGUUGCACAGUCCGUUGAAAUUGGGCGCUCAAGACGUGGUAUACAGCCGGCAUUAUUUCAAGAGUUUUCAAGAUCCGAUACGAAGAGCGAUAGUCGAGCAAAAGAUCGAGCCGAAGGGUCAAAACGGUUCGUGGAUGUCGGUCGAGGAAGGUGCACGCCGCGUCAGAAACGAACUGUUUGCGUUUCACGCGGAACGAGGCGCCCUCUACAAAAUUAUGCAGGAAACGUAUUACGAGGAGGAGAAAUGUGGGAUCAUGGAGAUAGACGUAAUGAACAUGUUGGAUCCGCUUCUGGUCAUUCAAACUCGAUCCCCGUAUUUAGAGAUCGUCAAGAACGCAGCUCUUCUAUUGAGAGAAACCGGGCUCAAAGUUCGCGAAGACAUCCGAUUGUACACGAACAAGCCCGAGUGCCACGAACGGAAGAGCUUCGUUAGAAUAGGCUUCACCGAGUGUUACUUCGCGCUGGUCGCGUUAGGUUACGGGACGCUUCUCAGUCUCGUCGUGUUGGCGGUCGAAGUCGUUUGGCAUAAAAAAGUCCAGCAAGUUCGUCGGGAUCGAACAUCGAGGAGUAACAAUGACGCCAUGAAUAUCGCGACGUGGAGCAAAGCUGUCCCAUUCGAAUUCGAAUUUGAGAAGGAGGACGAGCAUCCGAUGACGAGAGGGGGGAUUCGAUCGAUAACUCGAUUCGAUUCGAUGAACCUACGUAAAAACCAUGAGGUCGAGGGUGCACUCGGGUAAAUCUUCGACGCACUUGGCAGGAUUGCCGGCGAAACGAGUGAACGAGGGAACUACGGUCUCCGGUGGAACUACAGCUCCAUCCUCGAUGUAACAACAAUCCUUCAAGACGCACCUCCUUCCCUGCGUAGUUGAAAGAGCACUUACGAUUCUCUCUCUCUCUAUCUCUCUCUCUCUUUUUCUUUGUGUAUUUAUAUACGUACGAAUAAAUUCUUAUGUUUGCGCAUGAUA